AUGGAACGGAAGGAGUUGCUUCUGAAGGUGUCGGUUCUGCAGGCCUGUGUCCGGGGCUUCUUGGUCCGACGACAGUUCCAGAAUUUGCGAGCUGAGUAUGAGAGUACAGUACGGGAGAUUGAAGGUGACCUGAGCGUGGUGAAGUGGUCACAGGGCUGCAUUGCCAGGCCCCAGUUUCUCCCAAAGAAUGUAAAAUCCCAUCAGACUUGGAAAACGGGAGAGAGAGUGUCAAAUCCAAAGAAGGAACUAGGGAGCCACUUGGCAGGUCGACAGCCAAAGAAAAUGAUGAAGUCAGGAGAGAACCCAGCAAACCUUGGAAGGCUUCCCUACCAAGAAGAUGGCUCUGGCCCCAAGGCUGAGCAGAGCAGGAAAACUGGGAAACUUAGCCAGGGAGAAACCAGAGAUUCAUCAAGGAUGGAGAGUCCAGAAACCACCAAUCCAGAAACCACCAGCCAGCUUGAACUCCAGGAGAUCCAGCACCUGCGCAGCCACUUGGCCAUGGAGCUGCUGUGGCUACAACAGGCCAUCAAUAGUCGUAAGGAGUACCUAAUUCUUAAAAAAACAUUGAGCUCACCAGAAGCAGGCCAGACCAGAGAUGAGCCCAUUAUGUGCCCAGACCACGUGGGACAGGCCUGUGAGAGGGAGCAUGUACAGCCAAGUACACCAUUGGAGGACAAGACCACCAGAGAGCUAGAUCAUGUGGAUGAGUCCUGCCAGAGAAAAGCCAGGACACAGCUGCUUAUGUGCUCUGAGGAACCAGCUGUUGAGAACAAGUCUUCCAGAAGGCAACACUGCCAAGACCUUAACUGCCAGAGAGCUGGACCACCAGAGUCAGACUGCUCAAAAGACCAUGUCAUCUGGGAUGAAACCUUGGUAGAACCAGACCAUAGUGGCCUGGGUGUCUGGAGAAUAAAAUUACCCACAGGCCAGACCCUCAGUGGUGGAACUUCCAAUCAGUGUUGGAACUUCCAACAAGGACACUUUAUUCAGAGCAAGGAGUUAUCUGGGGAAAGUGAAGUUAAGGACCAGAUGGAGAAUAAAGAUUUUUCUUAG